GCGGUAGUACGCUCUUGACUCCCACCAGUCGCGCGCCAACGACGCAAGCGCAGCCUCUACGCAUGCCACGCCACAGAUAAACACUAAAGUGAAACGCCACCAAAUUCCAUAAAACGGAUUACAGUGAACCGAACAUAAGUGAAGUGAUACGUGACAUUAUGUGACAAGUGAUCAAUAUAUUAAGUAACUUUUUCACUCACUGUGCCUAUUAACUGUUUUAUGACCUGUGCAGUGCGGCUAUUGUUAUGUUCGCAUCUACUAAUCUCCUAUUCACCUGUUGAAGCCACUGCGGUUGGACUGUGAAAUGUGACAAAAAAUUGCAAUGAGCCUCUAUUGUGGGUCUGCGGACCUUGCGUUUGGAAACAUUGUGGGCAACUACCUGACUACCGGAGGGUUGGACAUCUGACGAUCGAUCGGCCAACCCGUCGACUCCUUAUUAAUUUUACGUCGUGAUGUCGGAAAAUGGAAGCACGGUUGUAUCUCGGGCGUCCACUCCGCGCCCUGUCACAGACACACCUGUUACGGCCCCCUUACGCUCGAGACAUGACCAGUUCCUGGCAAGUUCAGCUGAAAGAGCGCCCCAACGGCCAUCUUCUAGCGGGAGAAAUCCUAGCGGAAGCUUCGACUCCCCACCAUUGCCCUAUCAUAGACAGAUGACUUCAGGCUCACUGCUUUCGUCAAAUCAUCGUGAAUCAUCGGCCUUUGUCCCAGUUGUCCCAACAAGAGCCAUGCAUCCAAUGAUGUAUCCCAAUGAAAUGCAUCCAGCCUUAAUACCCUCAGAGAUUAUUGAACGAGAAAGAAUGUUAGAUAGGGACAGAACUGAACCGGUCAAAGGCUCUCCUGAUAGAGUUUCAGGCAAUUUUCCUAAAAGAAAUUCUUUUGAUCUAAUGGCUAUGAUGGUCGAGAAGCGAAAAGAAGUUGCUCUUAGAGAAGCUGCUGCAGCAAUGCUUAUACCACACCACCGCGCAUCAUCUAUCGAAGGAAUUAUGACUGAUGGUUCUUCUCAACCGCCUAUAUACGGCCCGCCUGGUGCUUUCCUAGGUGCUCCCGGGCCAUCUCCAACUGCCACCAAUAGUUUCACAUUUCCUGGGGCGGGUUUAUUUCCACCCGGCGCUGGACCACACCAAAUGCAUCCUCACUUAGACAGACGGCUUUUAAGAGCUCCAGGAAGAGCAUCUAGACCGAAGAAGCAAUUUAUAUGUAAAUUCUGCAACCGACAAUUUACAAAGUCCUAUAACCUGCUGAUACACGAACGGACGCAUACUGACGAGCGGCCCUACUCCUGCGACAUUUGCGGCAAGGCUUUCCGUCGGCAAGACCACUUACGAGACCACAGGUACAUUCAUUCGAAGGAAAAGCCGUUCAAAUGCACGGAAUGUGGAAAAGGUUUCUGCCAAUCAAGGACCCUGGCGGUCCACAAGAUCCUCCACAUGGAGGAGUCGCCCCACAAAUGCCCCGUCUGCAGCCGAAGUUUCAAUCAGCGAUCGAACCUUAAAACUCAUUUGCUAACACACACCGACCACAAACCAUACGAGUGCAAUUCGUGUGGAAAGGUAUUCAGAAGAAAUUGUGACUUGAGGAGACAUGCUCUUACUCAUGCCGUUGGCGAUGUACCACCUGGCGAUGUUUUGGAUGUAGGCGAAGAAGAUAUCGGAAGACCUGGUUCACCCAUUGAACCAGGAUUUGAAGAUGACGAUGCUGAGUUAUCGUCUCCAGACCAUUCUCCUGUAAGACGAGCACGUUCUUCUUCCAUCGAGAGCAUCGGAAGAGAACAAAGCAUUGAACGGCCGCGACCAUUAUCGCCAUCUGCAGUUGAACAGACCCACUGCCACCAUAAUGAGCCACGAGACCGCGCAAGUCCUUAUACUAUGCGCCCACAUCAUCCAGAAAGACAUCGCGGCCAAUCUUCAGAGUUGUAUGAAAAGCGGCGUUACACAUCUGAUGAAAUUAUAGAAAAAGAAAUGCGCUACACUGACAUGUCCGACCCACCUAUUCGUCAUCCACAGUUACAAAUAAGAAGAGACUUACAUCAAGUUGCUCCGCCUGAUUCAUCAAAGAUAGGACAAGUACCUAAUAUGCCAAUAGAUCCAGGGCCAUCUGCUAUGUAUCUUAGUCCAUUUAGAAAAAGAAGCCACCCGUCGGAUAUUGGCGAAAAUGUCAGAACAUGCGCGCCGGUGUAUAGGAGUCGUUCACCAGAACCGACAAACUUAACAAUGCCCCGUCAAUCACUUGUGACUGCUGAGGUAGGAGUGGGCAUUCCUCCUACAAUAAUGGGAAUGCCAUCGUAUCAUAAAUUUGGUUUACCUCUGCCUCCGCCUCAUCCUCAAAUUGCUUACGGGGGCGUGCCACAUACCGUGCUUGGACCGCAGCAAACGGUCGCUCAAGAUCUAAUUGUAAAACAUGCCCCUCCGAAAGAUUCGUUGCCGAGCACGUCGACAAGCGUAACUAACUGCAAAGAUUUGUUGCAGGCUAAUGCAAAAGAUACUGAAGAUACGAGUUCGAGCUCCAUUACUAAUGGGAUAAAAAAUAUAGUAGGCAUCCAGCCAAACACUAAUCCUAAGCCAGGGACAAGCCAGUCCAAUGGACCGAAGAAAGGAUUCAGCAUAGAAGACAUUAUGAGACGUUGAAGAGUGAUAAUAAAUAAUAAGUUGGUGCAUUUUACAAAUAUACAUGUAUUUACUUAUAAGUGGAGUAUUAGAUUAAUGAAAAGUAUUAUUAGUUAAAGUAUUGAUUUCACAUCAUGUACUAUCCUAGAGGUAUGUUUGUAUGUAUUCGCAAUGUGGAUUUGGUUUUCGUAAAGAUCUCAUAAGGUUUGUUUGUGCAGUGUUUUGUUUACCUCGAAAAUUUUAAAAAUUAGUUUAUCAAAAAUUUAAUAAAUAAUAUUGUGGUUUAACUCUAUUUGUUAUUGUUGGAUAAUUGGCUAUCUGGAUAUUAUAAGGAGAACAGAACAGUUUAUGUCUCAACUUGGUUUGAACCCAUCAAUGCUGAUUGUAACAUUAUUUAAGGUUUAGUUUUCAUUCGCAAUCCUAUGUAUAAGUUAGUUAUUCAGUAUAAUGUUAUUUAUUGUUUAGUUAUUCCUUUAGUGGUAAAUAAGUUUAUUCUUAGCGAUAUUUUGUUAAAUGAAAAGUUGAUAGUGAUUCAGCAUAAUAUUUAGCAAUAUGAAAAUCAUUUUUGUAAAUACCUUUUUUCAAUAUUUAGGUACCUACUAUAUUUUAGGUAGGUUUAUAUUACAUAAAGUUUAGCUUUUAUUGAGGUUAUCUUUCAAUGUCGAAAUAAAUUACGGAAACAUUGUGAUGUCAAAAUAACAAGUCUUUAUAUUUUUAAAGAAAAAAUGUCAAAAUUGUGUCAUCAGCUGUGUAAAAAUUUACAAUUUAGUUUUAGAAUAUUUUGCUCAGAUAUGUUUAGUAAACUUUUGUUUACGGUUUAUGUAUGUACGUACGAUCAUAUUUUUAAAAAUAAAUUA